AUGUUAAAAUUAAAAGUUGUGCUCUCACUACUUUCGGCUGUGGCAAUAGCUUAAAGUGAAAAACUUAUGAACAUUCACUUGAAGAAACAGCAUCAUACCUCAGAUGAUAUGGAUUAAUAUAUUGGAUAAAGGUAAUGGCAAACUGACUAAACCUAGUAGGUGACGCUAAAAUCGAAGUUUAGUAAUCGAAUCUCUUACACAAGUGAAUUAUAUCUUGGGGAUGAUCCUUAGCUUUCUGAAUUAGUAUUUGACACUGGAUCUGGCUGGUUGAUUGUUACAACAACUUCUUGUAGCAGCUGUGAAUCAAAAGUAUACAAUCCAGCGAAAUCUUCAAAGUCUAAAAUGCUCGAAAGAGUACCAAAGACUUUAAAAUAUGGAAGUGCUACUGUGAUGGGUCAAAGCUAUUUAGAUAAGGUCUGCUUAAAUGAAAUAGUAUGUGCUGACAACUUUUAAUUUCUAGCGAUAACAGUAUAAACAGGGAUAAAAGGAUUCGACGGGAUUCUAGGUCUCGCGCCUGAUCAAGAGUCUAAUGGACCAUCAUAUGUUGCCAAAUUGAAAGAAAGUAAAGUGAUUGAUAAAAAAUAAGUUGGUCUCUAUAUUGCAAGUGAUGUUGAUGGUUCCGUUAUGAGCUUUGGUGGAUAUGAUAAAGAAAUGCUAAAAAGUUGUAGCGAUAAUGACGGAUGUGGAGUUCAUUGGUAUGAUCUGACGGGCAAGAACUGGUGGUAAAUUGAAAUCCAGGACAUUGUAUUUGAUGAAAGCUCAAUUCUUGGCAGUUCUACUUCUAAAGCUAUAGUUGAUAGUGGAACUUCAAUGAUCACAGUACCAAGGGACGUAUUUUCAAAGUUUAAAUCAACCUUAGACACAAGUUACUCAAGUGAGGAUAUUUCAUGUGAUGACCAAGACAUGAUGUGUUUUUACUAGGGAGAAUGCAAAGAUUAUUAUUCUAAGUUUAAACAUUUAAAGAUCUAAUUGGGUGACAGAUGGGUAUUCACAAUCCCACCUUAAGAUUACUUGGUUGACCAAACUAUUUAAGGCAAACAAUUCUGCUUCUUUGGAGUUUUUGGGCAUGAUAGUAAUCUUGUAAUUCUAGGUGAUGCAUUCCUGAGAACUUAUUAUACAGUGUAUGACUUUGAUGGGGACUAGGUGGGUGUUGCCCUUCAUAAGUACUCAUUAGGAACACUAGAAAAGAAAUUCCCUGUUUGGAUAAUAGUUAUGAUCGUUAUUUUAGGAAUUUUCAUAAUCCUUCUUAUUGCUUAUCUGAUCUACAGAAGAUAUAAGAACAAAAAGUUGAAGAGAAUAGGAGGUGGAACUAGUGGAAAUGAUAGAAAGAAUUCUCAGCUCUUAAGAAACUAAAGACAGUCAGGUAAUAUGGAAUAGACUGAGCAGUUGGUUGAUAAAAGAGGUUUAUCUGGAGAAAAUAAUACAAGCAUCUAAAGUUUAGAUCAGUAAGAUCAUAAUCUUUGA